CUUGCUGAACCCGUUCCUGCCUCGACUAGUGUUAUCUGCGCGGUGGGUUGUGGGUGUGAGAGCGUCGAAGUAAAAUGGCGGACUUGGCAAACGAAGACAAGCCUGCCAUUGCACCUCCUGUGUUUGUUUUCCAAAAAGAUAAGGCACAGAAGCGAUCUGCUGAGGGCUCAAGCGCAGAAGAUGGUGAAGACUCGGAUAAAGACGAGGGAAGCUAUUGCCCCCCUGUAAAAAGGGAAAGGACAUCGUCAUUCCCACCUCCACAUUCUGCUCCCAAGAACAAUGUAUUCAUGCCCUCAACAUUCUGCCAGUCUCCGACUGGGAACUCUGAUUCUGAGCCAGAGGAGAAACCUGUGGGAUUCCGUCUAAAGCCGCCGACUCUCAUACAUGGAAAAGCACCAAGUUCUGGUGUUCCAAGUCAGAAACCCAAGGAGCAGCAACGCAGCGUCCUCCGCCCCGCAGUUCUUCAGGCGCCACCCUCUAAAUCACACAAAGAGUCCAAUUCCAGUUGUGGAACCAAUGGUGUUAAAAAGCCGUCGGAUGGAUCACUUGUGACCCAAUCCCUCUUCCUGAACAACAAAGAGCAUUCAGCCUCGCUGGCCAAGUCACUGAAACAUGAAAAUAAGGAAGACGAGGAGACUGAUAAAGAUGGAGAGAGAAGAGAGACGGAUGCAGAUAUAGCAAUAUCUUUUGUGUUUGGUCAGAAUAUCAAAGACAGGGCAAAGUUGGAUGAGAACAGUACAGAAGACAACUCAAAGAACAAUGUGCAACAAAACUCUCAGUCAGAGGGCACGAAUUAUUUCUUACAGUACAUCUCUACCCCAAGUUCAAAAAAUGCAACAAACAGUACAGACGGUGGAGCAAAAUUUGUAUUUGGGCAGAAUAUGUCUGAGCGAGUUCUGAGUCCCCCAAAGGGAGAGGCCUCAAAUGAGGAAAAUACGGAGGUUUCAGCUGCUUGUGCUUCAGAGCCUUCAUCACAGGAAACUACCCCCGAAAAGGCCAACAGUGUGUCAGAGUCUUUGGCGGAAUCCGCAGCAGCUUACACCAAAGCCACAGCCAAGAAGUGCAUCUUAGAGAAAGUCGAUGUGAAAACUGGAGAGGAGUCGGAAAGCAAUGUUUUACAGAUGCAGUGCAAGUUGUAUGUUUUUGAGAAGACGGCUCAGUCGUGGAUAGAAAGAGGUCGGGGGUUGUUGAGACUCAAUGAUAUGGCUUCGACGGAUGACGGCACACUUCAGUCUCGCUUAGUGAUGAGGACCCAGGGCAGCCUGCGGUUGAUCCUCAACACUAAACUUUGGCCGCAGAUGCAGGUGGACAAGGCCAGUGAGAAGAGUGUGCGAAUCACCGCCAUGGACACGGAGGACCAGGGGGUCAAGGUCUUCUUAAUAUCAGGUAGCUCUAAAGACAUUGGUCAGCUGGCUGCAGCAUUACAUCAUCGGAUCCUAGCUCUAAAGAGUCGAGCAGAUCAGGAACCAGAGAUCCCACCAACGACGAUCCCUUCAGCAGAGGUACCGCAAUCCAACGAGGACGACAGCGACGAGGAAGACAAAGGCUCUGCCUCUGCUGCAGCUUCCACUCCUGCUACAAGUAAUUCAGAGGGCACCGAGAACCAUGCAGCAGGAAGCACAUAGCGUCACUCUUGGGACAGCCUGCUAAAAUGCCACUGUUGAAGUAUUUUGGUGUAGGCAUCUCUAUGGACACCCCUUGACCAAUAUGGGUCCUCCAGACCAGUACUUCUGGAUAUUAGAAGUCUAGCUCCAGGAAAUAACCCCCCUGUGCCGGAGUGUCUCACCCAACUCGUGCAGUUCAUCUUCUCUGCGUUCAGCGUAGUAUCUGGAGUUGUUUCUUCCCUCCUCCUCCUGUUUUGUGUUUUUUUUUUUCUGUUUUGUUUUUGUUUUCAAGUAUUUUUUCCCCUCCUGAUAGCAAAAAUAAAGACUUCAGAGCUUUGGUUUGGGACUUUUCUGCUCAUCAUAUUGAUGAGUGUAAGGGUGUUUUCCUCUACAUUUUAAGUAUGGCCCAUGUUAAGACUGCAGUUUCUACUUUGGGACCUUUCUACUCACUCUCCAGCCGUAACCCUGGACUCCACAAAUCCAGAAGAGCUUCAUUUGCAUUGUGUUUGACUUGUCAUUUAGCUGGUUGGUCCAACAUCCAGACCAGCCCUCCUCCUAACCCCCUCUCCCAACCAGUCUGUGCGUUUUGGCAAAUGUAAUUUAUUUUGGGUAGUAAUUUUCAUGAGGCAUCUCAACACAUACGUGCUGUUUGUAAUGGCUAGCCAAGAUCACUCAAGUUGUCAUUACUAGCAGUUUCUUAUAUUUCCUAUUACCUAUAAUAUAGUGAAUAAAAGACUCAAACAAUGCAGUUUCCGCUAAUGUGAUUUAAUUUUGUGAGGGCAAAAGGGCAGAAGGAUUCACCUCAGAUGUUUAAAUAACAUGCUCAUUCACUUUUUCUUUCCAAAUUAAAAUAACAUGAGUCUGCAUUCUGCAUGUAACUUUACUUUUUUAUUAUUCUUUUCAACAUUGUGAGAGUUUGUUACUUAUUUUUAUUUUGAAAAUUAUAUGAACUUUUUUUCCAUUUACAUUUGAAAAACCUGUUGGAAUGAAGACUAAGUGUGUAAAAAAAGAGCAACUGUAAUCCCCUUUGAAAUUCAUGUACAUUUGAAUAUAUCAUUUAGUAGCACACCAUGUUUUCUCACCUCCUUCACUCGCCCUCUUUACAAAAUAAACCAUUUUGGACUGA